AUGGAGAACGAGAAAAUUCCAUCAGUUUAUGAACAUGGUAGCUGUAGCAGAAGUGCUGAACCUGAACCUAGACCUAAUGAUUCCCGUAUUCUGGGAAGAAAAUACCAUUUAUACUGGGCGCUGGGUUUCGGAAGUUCCGCCAUUGUGAAGCUUGCAAGUGACGUUACCACCGGACACGGCGUGGCCAUCAAAAUUUUCGACAAGGAAUUCAUUGACGGAAAGAAAAAAUCUGUCAAGAAACGAAUGAAAAUCGCGCUUGAACGAGAAAUAUCAGCAAUGACAAUGCUUAGAUCACACCCUAAUGUCGUGCGUAUAAUUGAGGUGAUGGCUACCACGACAAGGGUGUAUAUUGUAAUGGAACUUGUAGUUGGUGGUGCAACACUGCUUGAUAAAAUUGGACGAACUUCGGGAAUGUCAGAAACCCAAGCUAGACAGUAUUUUCAUCAGCUUAUAUGUGCUGUGGAUUACUGUCACAGUAGAGGUGUUAUCCAUAGAGACCUGAAUCCGUCAAAUUUGUUGCUUGCUGCUGAUGGAGUGCUUAAAGUGUCAGAUUUUGGAAUGACUGCACUGCCUCAACAAGCUAGACAAGAUGGGCUGCUUCACUCAGCAUGUGGUGCGCUUGAUUAUAAAGCCCCAGAGGUGAUAAGGAACCGGGGCUAUGAGGGUGAAAAGGCUGAUAUAUGGUCAUGUGGUGCUAUUCUGUUUCAUUUAGUUGCUGGUGAUGUGCCCUUCACAAAUGUAUAUGACGAUCGCAAUACUAAAAUUAGACAGAUUCUCCAGGCUGACUUCAUCUGUCCCUCAUUUUUCUCUGCAAGUUUAGUAGCACUGAUUAGGAGAAUCCUUGAUCCCAAUCCUACUACACGGAUUACAAUGAAUGAGAUCUUUGAGAAUGAAUGGUUCAUGGAGAAUUAUGAGCCUCCUAGAUUUUACAGGCAAAAUUUUACUUUUGGUCAUGAUUCACAAAAGCGUGUUGCUAAGGUGCAUGGAGCAGGGUCUUCAGCACCACCAGUGCCAGUCAUGAAUGCGUUUGAGAUUUUGAAUACAUUUCUGGGCUACUACCUUAUUAUUGGAAAGCUUUUAAACCAGCUGGUACAACAUAAAAGGGAAACAAGCUUCAUAUCCCAAAAUCCCGUGGAUGAGAUAAUUGAUGGAAUUGAGCGUGUUGCUGGGAUUAUGGGAUUUGAUGUUAAGAGGAUAAACAGUUUUCGGAUGAGUAUUGAAGGAGGGGCAAAUGCUAGACGCAAAGGUCAUCUUGCUAUAUUCAUUAAGAUUUCCGAGAUAGCACAACCCUUUCACAUGGUUGAGCUUCGGAAGGCUGAAGGAGAUGUUCUGGAAUUUCAUAACUUCUGCAAGCAUAUAUAUGCUGCGUUGUCAGAUUUUAUUUGGAAAGGGAGAGCAGAACCUAUAGAUACAGAAACAGAUGACCCUCCCUUUCACGCGGUUGAGAUUCGAAAGGCCGGUGGCGAUAAUGAGAAAUUUGACAAGCGUUCCAAAAUUUAG